AUGACGGUGGAAGCUUUCGAGUGGAUCACGGAGGCCCCAAGACUUCAGCCCAAGAAGCCCCAAACCACGCGCCGAAGCCAUCGUAAGUCACGCAAGGGUUGUCUGACUUGCAAGACGCGAAGGGUCAAAUGUGACGAAACCCGACCAAUAUGCACUAAUUGCAGUUCGAGGGCGACAGAAUGCGAAUACGUUGGAAGUCGGCAGCGAGAGACUCGACCGAACAGUUCCAAGGCAGUGAAAGGUAGCCUCUUGACCCCGGCGGCAAGUCCUGCAGAGCUACCGAGUGCAACGGCCAAAGCACGUGCCGCAGAGACUGGACUGGACGACCUGCAGAACGUUUCGUUCACCCAAGAAGCCACUUUGGGAAUGCAUGUCUUCGCUACAUCGAUCUGCAGCUUGACACAAUCGCACACCAUCACUCGAACUUCGCCCAACACCGUCCCGUUCCUUUUGCACCACUUUUCUACAUCAGGAUAUGCGACUCUAAGUUCCCACACUGGCCAACAGAUCCUGAAGACGAAGAUGCCAGAACUGGUGAUCCGCUUUCCAUUCCUCCUAGAGACCAUCCUCGCCUUCAGCGCCAGCCACGUGAUCCACCUCAGCAGCGACAGGGACGAAAACAUGCUAGGUCAUGUGGAGCAUCUCAACCCGCACAACGCCAAGAUGCAGAGCAAAGACAUGCAGAUGGGCGUCACGGCCGCCUGGCACGCACGAAGAGCACUGCGAGGCUAUGCCGCCAAGAUCGCCGAGUACCGCUCCCGAGAGGCCUUGAGCGAGUCAAUGGUCUCUGACAUCACAAAUCGCCGAUGGCCACGCGACGAGGAACGACAGGAGCUCGACGCCCUGGUGGCAGCGUGCAUCAUGCUGACCUCUCUCUUCUACCACGUCGUCUGGUGCGACGAGUCCGGCUGGUCUUGGGCAUCGACCUGGCUUAACGCAUCGCCUCCACGAAACCAGUCGUUUAACAUGAGCAACGCCGAAGCGCCACAGUUCCUCGGAUGCUCCAUCAAUAAUCACAGCUACAGCAUCCCCUGCCCGAGCCUCAGCUCCAACAACACAGCCCCUCCUCCUCCGCCGCUCAACCUGCAAGGCGCCCCACAAGACGGCAAGCUCCAGAUCAACUGGCUCACCAACGUGACCGGCAUGUCGAUCCUGCUGUCCCUCACGCCCUUCCGCGAACACCUCCCCCACAGCAUCUGGUACCCCUUCUUCGCCGAAUCCAGCGACGAGACCCACGGCAACGGCCCCGCCGACAAGAUCACCGCUCUCGGCCUGUCCGGAGCGGGAAGGGGAGCGGGAGCGGGAGCCUUCUUGUCCUCCGCAGCCUCCACCAGACCAGCAGCACCAAUUCACCCUCCCACUUCCAACACCCUCGAUUUCGACGGGGACAACCCCCACCCAACAAUCUGCCACAUCGUCGCCCCGCCUCUCGCCCCAGCCACCCAACCUCCAACCCCGCUCCCCCACCUCCACGCCCUCCUCCCCCUUACACCCCCCUCCCACCGUCCUAUCUACACGCCCCUCCUAACCCAACUCCUCGGUCUCCUGACCCUCUCCCCCACAGACCUUAACAACUUCAGCCAACUCAUCUCCUUCCCCUCGCGCUUCCCACCGGGGUUCGAGCAGCUCAUUCAAGCCAGGGAACCCCUGGCGCUCUUGAUUCUGGGGUAUUGGUUUGGAUUGCUGGAGGGGGUGCCACAUUGGUGGUGUCGGGGGAGGGGGAGGGCGGAGGGGGAGGCCGUGGGAAGGUGGUUGGAUGGGGUUGUUGUGGGGCUGGAGAUGGGAGACCAGAGGGUGGAGGGGUGGUUUGGGAACGGGGUGGAGCAGAGGGUGUGGAGGGUGAGGUUGAGGGAGGCGGUGGGCGAGUUGGGUAGGUGGCGGGAGGGGAGGGCGUGGCGAGAGAGGAGGCCAGGGAAGUGA